GGGAGAAACUGUUGGUUGUCCGUCCUUUUUUUCCUCCAUCCAUUCAAUCCGUCUAGACUAGGCUCUGACAACAAAUCGCCACCAUGCAGCCUUCACUAGUCUCUAAUAUGCGUCGUCUGAUCAACACUAAGCUCCAGCCCACCAGAGCCAAAUAUGUGGCACCAAAGGAUCAGAUCAAGAUGUGGAGAAUCGUCCGAGGAGACGAGGUCUUCAUCACCAACGGAAAAGAAAAGGGCAAAACUGGAGUUGUUAAGAAAGUUCUCAGGAGUUUGAACUCGUUAUUGAUCACGGAAAAAAACAUGGUUACAAAGCAUAUUCGUCCCCAGCCCGGAGAUCCUACAAAGACGACAAGGGUUCAAUUGGAGGCACCUAUCCAUGUUUCAAACGUAUCAUUGAUUGACCCUCAAACAAGACAACCUGUCAGAACCCAUUAUCGCGCAGUUAUUGAUCCUAUCAGUGGAAAGUCGGAGCGUAAGCGCUUUGUGGUUGGCACGGAGCUGGAGAUUCCAAAGCCAAAAGCUGAUAUUGCUAAAUACAAGUUGGAGCGCGUAGAAAGUCCAAAGGAUACAUCUCCUCAGCUCGCUAGAGAAGUGACCUUUAUUCCUGACAUUAAUAUUCCACCGUUCCCUAGUAGUAGUAUCCUCGAUGAGCUCAGGAACCCAUAUUCCAAGCAUCGUUAAAAAAGAAUAG